GUCGCCCCCUAUAAAAUCCCGACCACGCUCAUCUUCCACCCCCCAACACCUCGCCCCGUCGAUCCCCUCUCGCGGAACCUUCUCGAAGCAUCCCCACACCUCCACCUCCCCCCAUCCAUGGCGGACCAGCUCACCGACGAGCAGAUCGCCGAGUUCAAGGAGGCCUUCAGCCUCUUCGACAAGGACGGCGACGGUUGCAUCACUACUAAGGAGCUUGGAACUGUGAUGCGAUCCCUUGGUCAGAACCCAACUGAGGCGGAGCUCCAGGACAUGAUCAACGAGGUUGAUGCUGAUGGCAAUGGGACCAUUGACUUCCCGGAGUUCCUGAACCUGAUGGCGAAGAAGAUGAAGGAUACUGACUCUGAGGAGGAGCUCAAGGAAGCCUUCCGUGUGUUUGACAAGGACCAGAACGGUUUCAUCUCAGCUGCUGAGCUCCGCCAUGUCAUGACCAACCUUGGGGAGAAGCUGACUGACGAGGAAGUUGAUGAGAUGAUCCGUGAGGCUGAUGUUGAUGGUGAUGGCCAGAUCAACUACGAGGAGUUUGUUAAGGUCAUGAUGGCCAAGUGAGGAGGGGCUCCCAUUAAAUAAGUUUUAUCUGAAGUGAACUAAAACUGUCGGUCGUACAAACUGUACUUUGUGAUGUUCCUUUAAGUACCUAUCUUGAUGGUGUUAAUGUUCAGUAGCGAUCGGGUUAGGUGGUCUAGUCAUGCGAAACAACAUCAGAUACCUGGUUUCUUUGAUUGUGAUGUUUAUUAUCUUGCGCCUGCUGGAGCAUAGGAUUUGUUGGGGUUCAUCAUUAUUCUGGAUUUUGGAUCUUUGUGCAGAUAUGCAUUACCUGGUUCCUUUCUAUUA